AUGCGUGUCUUCCCACGCCUUGCGGCCGCAACUUGCGCCGCACUUACAGGUCAUACUUUGGCCGUUCCUAUCAUAAUCCACCCUGUUAGUGCGAAUGAUCUUGACAUUACUUUGCAAGAUACUCUCAACGAGACGAUUUCUAUUAUCGAGGCUAUUAAGCCCGCUUCCCUGCCAGCUGCUCCAUCUGAGGAGCUCCCAAUCUCAGUGUACAACAACUUCAAAAGUGAUGGUAUUAAAGUCUAUGUCACCGGACUUGAUUCCAACGGGGAAAUUGUCCUACUUACACCUGGUGGGAAUUGGUACACUCCUCCAAUAAACAGCGGAGCCAGAAUUCCUAAAGAAAUCACGGAAGACAUUGCCAUUCCUAUUGGUCCCUAUGGAACGACCACUUCUAUCACACUUCCGGCCUAUGUGUCUUCAGGUCGCGUUUGGGUCGCAGACGGUGACCUGAGUUUCUUUACCGUGCUAGCUGCCACUGGUGUUCUAUCCCUUGUCCAACCAUCUGCAGUCAACUCAGACGAUCCUAGUGCGAAUGUCAACUGGGGUUUCGUCGAGCUCACAACAGAUUCUACUGGAAUUACGGUCAACCUCAGCUAUGUUGACUUCAUUGGGCUCCCACUUGGUAUCAAGCUCCAGGGCAGUGGCGGCACCCAAACAGCUCUCGGCGUGACUGCGAAUGCUUUAUCAUCUAUCUGCGCUGCCUUGACAGCACAAUCAUACUCAGACGGCCAGCCCUGGAAUGAGCUUUGCAUGACUGACAAAAAGGGCAAUAUUGUCCGCGUGAUUUCUCCUUACGACUACACGAACCUAUAUCCGCACGCUUUUAGUUCCUACUGGAUGGACUACGUCUCUCAGGUCUGGUCUACAUAUGAGACUACACCCCUGACAAUUGACACCCAAUCUCAAGCUGGCCUGAUAAACUGUACAGUGUCAAACGGUGUGUUUACCUGCUCAGGCGACAACCGAGGCUAUUCAAAGCCAGUCGCCAGUGAUAUAUUUGGAUGCAACAAUGGCACAUUUGCAAUUAAUACCACGGAUAAUGCCAUCCAUCGAGCCAUCGUGCCUCGUCUCUGCGCCGCAUUUGACCGGUCAACCCUUUUACUCAGCGGUGGUAAUGUGCAACCGCGCCUCAACGCAAGUUUUUACUACACGAAAUCACCGACAAACUGGUACAGCAAGAUCAUCCACGAGUAUGCGGUUGAUGGGAAAGGAUAUGCUUUUCCUUAUGAUGACGUGACUCCUGAUGGCGCGCUGGAUGUGUCGGGUCUUCUUCAUGAUCCGAAUCCCACACUUCUCACUAUCACCGUUGGAGGACCAACGUCCUAA